AUGGCACCGCCGACGAAGCCCACCAAGAAGCCGGCCAAGAAGGCCAAGCAGGUCAAGCCGCUCGCGGUCGCGCCGGGCAGCAACUGGCAAAAGCUCAAGGCCGCCGUCGCCAAGCCGGCCUCCAACAAGCCCAAGAAGCACGACCUCGCGCCGGCGCCCAAGGCCAAGAAGGUCAAGGCGGCGCCCAGCAUCGACUGGAUCGACACGAGCCUCAUCGUGGCCAUGGAUUGCGAAAUGGUCGGCGUCGGCUCGGACGGCAAGCGCAGUGUGCUCGCUCGCUGCAGUAUCGUCGACUUUGACGGCAACGUCGUCUACGACGAGCACGUCAAGCCGCUCGAGCGCGUCACCGACUUCCGCACGCACGUCAGUGGCAUCCGCGCCAAGUCGCUGCGCGAUGCGCUUCCGUUCGAGCAGUGCCAGAAGGACGUGGCGGCCAUCUUCGACGGCAAGAUCGUGGUCGGGCAUGCCAUUCGCAACGAUAUGCAGGCGCUCAUGCUCACCCACCCCAAGGGCUUGAUCCGGGACACAACCAAGUACCGGCCGUACAUGCGCCGCAAGGUCAACGGCACCAAAUUGUACCCCAAGGCGCUCAAGCACUUGGCCGAAGAAGUGCUGCACAAGACGAUCCAGACGGGCGAGCACGACUCGGUCGAAGAUGCGCGCAUCACGCUCGAGCUCUACAAGCGCGCGAUGGGCCC